ACAUGCACACUGCUGAAGGCAAACAGAACAUUUCUGAAAGGAUGGUCAAAGUCAAAAAUGACUUCAGUCCCAAAUGUGGUUCUUUGAACAGGAGAGGGCAGUAAAUAUUAACAAGCUACUUCUGGUAAUCUGCAAAUGCAGUUGAAUUUACAAAAGAGGAGUACCUAGACGGUGAGAUGUGAUUGGAUGAUGAAAAGAUUUUUAUGCGAGGAAGAAAGUUUUGUGACAAACCAAUUCAAACCAUUUUCUGUCAGCUCCGGUGACAAAAUAUCUGUCCUCCAAGAAAUCAGGAAUCAUGAGAUGCAUUGUCUUGUUUCACUUGCUGCUCUUGUUUGGAAUGUAUUCAGCCCAAAAUUAUAAAAAUUUGGCUUUACGUGGUGAAGCAACUCAAGCUCAUCCCUACUUUGGAGCAGAUAAGUAUGGAUCUGCCACCAGUGCAAUUGAUGGGAGCAGAAAUAAUUUAUUCCUUGAUGGAUCUUGCAGCCACACUGCAGAAAUGUCCAACCCCUGGUGGAGAGUGGACCUGCUGGACUCGUAUGUCAUCACCCAGAUCAUCGUCACCAACAGAGGAGACUGCUGUGAAGAGAGGAUCAACGGAGCAGAGAUCCGCAUCGGAAACUCUAAUCAAAGCAAUGGUGUUGAAAACCCACUAGCUGCUACAAUCUCCUCCAUGCCACGCGGAGCCUCGCAAACAAUAAAUAUAACUGGUGGCAUGGAGGGACUUUAUGUCACUGUUGUAAUACCUGGCUCUAAGAAGAUCCUCACCCUCUGCGAAGUGGAGGUCUAUGGGCACUUCGUCCCUAGCAAAAAUCUGGCUUUACGUGGCAAAGCCACUGAGUCUUCUCACUACAGAGGAGAGUUGGGUGGCUUUGUGGAUGCCUAUAAAGCUAUAGAUGGAAACCGAAAUCCGAAUCUUAGAAAAGGAUCUUGCACCCACACUGAAAGGGAGUCCAACCCCUGGUGGAGAGUGGACCUGCUGGACUCGUAUGUCAUCACCCAGGUCAUCGUCACCAACAGAGGAGACUGCGGUGAAGAAAGGAUCAAUGGAGCAAAUAUUCACAUCGGAAACUCUCUACAAAACAAUGGUGUUGAAAACCCACGAGCUGCUAUAAUCUCCUCCAUCCCAAGUGGAACCUCGCAAGUAAUAAAUAUUCCUGGUCACAUGGAGGGACGUUACGUCACUAUCGUAAUACCUGGUUCAGACCAGGUUCUGACUCUCUGUGAAGUGGAGGUCUAUGGGUACCGCGCCCCAACCGGUGAGAACCUUGCCCUUCUAGGCAAAGCCACACAGUCCUCUCAGUACGACAUCGGUGAUGCAUCUAAGGCCAUCGAUGGAAAUCGCAGAAACAGGUAUACUCAGGCUUCCUGCUCGCACACAUCAAACGACCUCAGCCCCUGGUGGCGACUGGAUAUGCUGAAAACACGCAAAGUGUUUUCCAUUAAGGUCGUCAACCGGGAUUCAUUUGAAGAACGGCUCAGCGGAGCCGAGAUCCGUAUCGGAGAUUCUCUUGACAACAAUGGGAACAACAAUCCCAGAUGUGCUGUGAUCACAGUUUCUCUGGGAAAGAGUCUUUAUGAGUUUGCCUGUAACGGGAUGGAGGGACGCUACGUAAACAUCGUCAUCCCCGGCAGGAGCGAGUACCUUACGCUUUGUGAGGUUGAGGUUUACGGCUCCACGCUGGAAUAAAGCCUGCAGUGGCAACAAAUGGCUGUUUGUGUUGCAAACAAAACCCCGAUGCUUCUGCUCAACAAAAGGCUUUCAAAUGUA